AUGGGUGGUAAGAUAGAUCGGGGCGUGAACAAGAACGGUGGUCCACCUGUUUUCCGGAUCAAUGGCCAGAACUUCCAUUACAUUGGUAGUCUCCUGCCGGUAGACGGGAAAAGACCACAUUUUGCACAGUUGUAUAUAUAUGAUACUAAUAAUGAACUGAGUAAUCGUAUCAAUUCUGUGAGGCAAGAUGGUGACCAAAAUGGCAUCCAUGUUGAGAUUGUGAAUGAUAUCCAACAAGUUUUGGGUACCAGUAAUGUAUUAGUCAAGUCAUUCCACAUGGCACGAUCUGAGCUGCAAAAGAAUCCGCUUGCUGAGGUUUCGGAAGUUGCAGCCUUAAUUGUGGGUGACAUUGAUACAAAUAUUGGAGAACGUGACAUUAUGGUCGAAACCAAGAGCGGCCUAUUGCAACGAAUUAGUGAGUUGAAUCCAGCAUACCUCCCAAUGCAAUACCCUUUACUCUUUCCGUAUGGUGAGGACGGAUACAGGGAAGACAUUCCCUUCUCUACAUUAAAAGGAAACACAAGUGCUGGCCGUCAAAGGAUAAGUCCUCGAGAAUAUUUUGCAUACCGUAUACAGUCAAGGUUAUCUGAGGACGCUAUGGCUAUAUGUAGAUUGGUUGGAUAUCCAGAUCUGUUUAUCACAUUCACCUGCAACCCCAAGUGGCCCGAGGUACAACGCUUCUUGAAGGAUCGAAAGUUAAAAGCUGAAGAUCGUCCUGACAUAAUAUGUAGAUUAUUCAAAAUGAAAUUGGAUGCUCUAAUCUCAGAUUUUCGGAAGAACAAGUUAUUUGGGCCAGUGAUGGGAGUUAUAUAUACCAUAGAGUUUCAAAAAAGAGGUUUGCCGCAUGCUCAUAUCCUGUUGUUUCUUGAUAAAGUCAAUGGACAUCAUAAUGUUGACAAUUUGGACAACAUUAUUUCCGCUGAGCUGCCUGAUCAAGAAGCUGACGCAGAAUACUUCAAAGCAGUUGAGGAGUUUAUGAUGCAUGGACCUUGUGGGAAAGCCAGAUUCAGAUCUCCCUGUAUGGCAAAUGGUAAAUGUACUAAACAUUUUCCCAAAAAGUUUGUUAAUUGCUCAACUUUUGAUGAGGAUGGCUAUCCUAUAUAUCGGAGAAGAGACAAUGGUCGUUCUGUGACGCGCAAUGGGAUUGACUUGGAUAAUAGGUACGUGGUACCACACAAUAGACAUUUGUUGUUAAAGUAUAGGGCUCAUAUUAAUGUUGAAUGGUGUAAUCAGUCCCGUUCAAUCAAAUACCUAUUCAAGUACGUGAACAAGGGUCAUGACAGGGUAACAGCAGAGUUUUACAGAACCAGCAAUGAUCAAGAUGGUGCACAAGUUCUGGAUGAAAUUAGUAUGUACUAUGAUUGUAGGUACAUAUCUCCGUGUGAAGCAUCGUGGCGGUUGUUCGGUUUUGAUAUACAGUUUAGGACACCAUCAGUGGAACGAUUAAGCUUUCACUUGCCGAACCAACAAAGUGUUGUUUUCGCAGAUGAUGACCCCGUUGAUAACAUACUCAGUCGGCCAACAAUCUUGCAAAGCAUGUUCCUAGAAUGGUUCGAGGCAAAUAAAAACUUCCCAGAAGCAAGAAAGUUGACAUAUGCUGAAAUGCCAACAAAGUUUGUGUGGAAGAAAGAUAUUCGAAAAUGGCAGCCUAGAAAAAGAGGAUUCUCUAUCGGUAGAGUUUUCUAUGUGCCUCCUGGAUCAGGGGAAAUCUUUUAUUUAAGGUGUCUGUUGAAUAAGGUCAAAGGUCCGACAAGUUAUUUAGAUAUAAAAACAGUGGAUGGUGUCCAAUAUGAUUCUUUUAGGGAUGCGUGUUGUGCAAGAGGAUUAGUAGAUGCUGACAGGGAGUAUGUUUAUGCUAUAGAAGAAGCAAGUCAUUGGGCCACAGCUGUGAAUCUUAGAAGAUUAUUUGUCACUCUCUUGAUGACUAACUCAAUAGCAAAACCAGAGGUGGUUUGGGAGGCUGCGUGGAUUCAUUUGUCAGAUGAUGCACAAUUCAAGAUUAGAGAACAAUUGGGAAAGCCAGAUUGGAUUAUAUCUGAAGAUGAGAAGAAGAAUUUUGCACUUACGGAGAUUGAAAUAAUGCUUUCAGCUAUGGGAAAAAGUUUGAAAGACUUUCCGGGGAUGCCGAUAGCCGAUGUAGUUAAUCACUGCAGAACAAUCAAUCGGUUGAUACAGGAGGAAUUGGCAUAUGAUGCUACUGCAAUGAAGGAAGAGAAUGAUGCUUUGGUGGAUAAACUAACUGAAGAGCAAAGAACAAUAUAUGACAAUGUUUUGAAAGAUGCUGAGAAUAAUCUUGGAGGACUAUUUUUUGUUUAUGGAUAUGGGGGAACGGGUAAAACAUUCUUGUGGAGAGCAUUAUCUUCUGCUAUAAGGUCAAAGGGUGAGAUAGUACUGAAUGUUGCAUCAAGUGGCAUAGCUUCCCUUCUAUUACCAGGUGGUAGGACUGCACAUUCAAGGUUUGCCAUUCCGAUCGCUGUUAAUGAAGAUUCAACCUGCAAUAUCAGCCAAAACAGUCCUUUGGCACACUUGAUCGUGCAAAGCAGGUUGAUCAUUUGGGAUGAGGCUCCAAUGAUGCAUAAAUUCUGUUUUGAAGCGUUGGACCGAUCUAUGAGAGAUAUAAUGCGUGUCAAAAAUCAUAACAGCUUCGAUAUGCCUUUUGGUGGAAAAACAGUGGUGUUAGGUGGAGAUUUCAGACAAAUUCUACCAGUCAUUCCAAAGGGCACCAGACAAGAUAUUGUGCGAGCAACUAUAAAUUCAUCCUAUCUUUGGAGAAGCUGUAAAGUUUUUAGGUUAACAAAAAAUCUAAGGCUUAGAUCUUUGAGAUCAGAUAGUGAAGUUCAAGAGAUUGCUGAUUUUGCAAAGUGGAUUGCUAAUAUAGGUGAUGGAACCAUUGGUGAUUCAAUGGAUGGAGAAUCUGAGAUACAGAUUCCCGAUCAAUUUUUGCUCAGUUGUGGAGAGGAUCCUAUUGCUACAAUUGUUGAUAGCACUUUCCCUAUGUUUCGCAGUGGCCACAGAGAUAAUGAGUACCUAAAAGAUCGUGCCAUACUUGCACCUACUUUGGAUGUUGUAGAUACAGUCAACGAAUACAUGAAUGACUAUAACAAUGCUGAAGGAAGGACCUAUAUCAGUUGUGACUCCGUAUGCAAAUCUGAUUCUAAUGUUGACAUGCUGGCGGACCUGCACACACCGGAGUUUUUAAAUGGAUUACGAUGUUCGGGAGUUCCAAAUCACUCAUUGACUCUCAAAGUUGGCUCGCCAGUGAUGCUGUUAAGAAAUAUUGAUCACUCACUGGGGUUGUGCAAUGGGACAAGGAUGAUUAUUUCAAAGUUAGCAGAUCAUGUUUUAGAAGCUAAAAUACUCUCCGGAUCAAGUGCUGGUACGAAGUUACUUUUGACAAUAAGAUGUCUUCUUGGUUCAACUUUGCUUGAAAACUUUGCUCUUUAG